AUGGAGGGGAUCGCGGGGGGCGGCGUGGCGCGCGUCAAGCGGGAGCCCGGGUGGGACACUGACCGCGUAACGGUGAAGGAGGAAGCUGAAUUCGUGGAUGCAGAGGCUUGUGUGAAGGAAGAGUGUGCGGACAGCACAGCCGGGUGCGGCGUGAGCGAGGCCGCCAUGCUGGCCGGCCUGUACGACGAGCACGUGGUCAAGGACGAGCUCGUGCUGGGGCCGGAGCGCCCGCACCGCCCCAUAGUCGCCCCGGUGGUGCGCGCACCGGCGGUGGUGUCGGGUCGGCGCGGCUCGUGCUCGGUCAGGCUGGAGCGCCUGCUGGUGGACGCGGCGCGGCGCACCUGCCGGGUCGGGCGCCGCACAUACAAGCUGCACGCCACCGAGCCCGCACCCACACCCCAUGUCACCACCACCAUCUAUCAAUGUCACCAUUGCGGCAAACGGUUCAGGAGCAAGUCGGUUUUGAAGAAACAUAUACGCGCUCACUUGUCGUCAGGAUCGUCCAAUAAUUCGACCGGAGAAAACAUCGCUUUAGAACGGCAACAGAGAUUAAACGGAGAUGAAAAGUAUUUUGUAACAUAUUUACGGAAAUCGGAGAUGACACACGCUGGAGAGAAGCCUUACGAGUGUAGGUACUGUGACUACGGGAGCUGCAAUAACGGACGCUUACGGAUUCAUGAGAGGAUACAUACGGGUGAAAAACCCUUUAAAUGUAACUACUGUGAUUACAAGUGCAAUCAGAAAGGAACGUUACGGAUUCAUGAGAUGAUACACACAGGUGAAAAACCCUUUAAAUGUAACUACUGUGAUUACAAGUGCAAUCAGAAAGGAACGUUACGGAUUCAUGAGAUGAUACACACAGGUGAAAAACCCUUUAAAUGUAACUACUGUGAUUACAAGUCCAAUCAUAAAGGAACGUUACGGAUUCACGAGAUGAUACACACAGGUGAAAAACCCUUUAAAUGUAACUACUGUGAUUACAAGUGCAAUCAGAAAGGGCACUUACGGAAACAUGAGAUGAUACACUCGGGUAAUAAACCAUUUAAAUGUAACUACUGUGAUUACAAGUGCAAUCAGAAAGGAACGUUACGGAUUCAUGAGAUGAUACACACAGGUGAAAAACCCUUUAAAUGUAACUAUUGUGAUUACAAGUCCAAUCAGAAAGGAACGGUACGGGUUCAUGAGAUGAUACACACAGGUGAAAAACGCUUUAAAUGUAACUACUGUGAUUUCAACUGCAAUCAGAAAGGAACAUUACGGAUUCAUGUGAUGAUACACACAGGUGAAAAACCCUUUAAAUUUAACUACUGUGAUUACAAGUGCAAUCAGAAAGGAACGUUACGGAUUCAUGAGAUGAUACACACAGGUGAAAAACCCUUUAAAUGUACUACUGUGAUUACAAGUGCAAUCAGAAAGGAACGUUACGGAUUCAUGAGAUGCAAUAAGAAAGGAACGUUACAGAUUCACGAGAUGAUACACACAGGUGAAAAACCCUUUAAAUGUAACUACUGUGAUUACAAGUGCAAUCAGAAAGGAACGUUACGGAUUCAUGAGAUGAUACACACAGGUGAAAAACCCUUUAAAUGUAACUAUUGUGAUUACAAGUCCAAUCAGAAAGGAACGAACCGUUGGCUAAAUAGUGGUGACAAGGAGUUCAACGAGCAGAACAGGCCGCCCGCGCAGGGCGGCGCCGGCGCCGUGGUCGACACCGACUUCUACGGCUACAUACAGAGUCAGAAAAAGCCGGAGGAUAUGAACCCCGACGCCUACACUAUAUUCCAUCUCUGCUACGCCAUGUCCUACAUGUGGAGACGAGGAACAUUCUCAUGCAAGUUUCCACUAAAGAAAGAAGAAGAUUAG